CGGGUCUGUCCCUCGGGGCCAGAGGACGCAUAUGCCUUCAUCUGCUUCUGCGUGAGGCCUGGCCCACCCACAGCAAGCUCUCCCUGCCCCUCAUCAAGGCCAGUGGCCUGGGGAGACAAGCGCUUCUAGAGGUGUCGGAACCAGCUCUGGUCUGGGAUGAGCCAGGCCUUGCCAUCUCCGCUGUCAGGGCAGAGACCCGUGCCCUCGUCUAGGCCUUAGGCAGCUGUGUCCUGACUGCUGUGGGCCCCUGUACUCCUGGAGUCUCGCUGACACCCUUGGCAGGUGCUGAGCUGACCUUCCCACCACUGUAGCUGAGCCCCAGCUCUGCCCGUGGUCUCUGAGCCGAGGAAGCGGUCCACCAGCCACCCAGAAGCAGUGACAGCGCAGGAGCUCCUUGGGGGGAAGGGAGGAAGGAGGAGGAACAAAGGCGAUCCUGCUGGCGCCGCCCUCCCUGCCCGCCCACCAUGUGUCAGUCAGAGGCAAGGCGAGGACCAGAGCUCAGCGCGGCGAAAUGGUUGCACUUCCCCCAGCUGGCUUUGAGACGGAGGCUGGGACAGUUAAGCUGCAUGUCCAGACCUGCCCUGAAACUGCGCUCCUGGCCUCUGACGGUCCUCUACUACCUCCUGCCCUUUGGUGCCCUGAGACCGCUCAGCCGGGUGGGAUGGAGGCCCGUGAGCAGGGUGGCCUUGUACAAGUCGGUGCCAACGCGCUUGCUGUCGAGGGCCUGGGGCCGUCUCAACCAGGUGGAGCUGCCACACUGGCUGCGCAGGCCCGUCUACAGCCUGUACAUCUGGACCUUCGGGGUGAACAUGAAGGAGGCCGCCGUGGAGGACCUGCACCACUACCGCAACCUCAGCGAGUUCUUCCGGCGCAAGCUGAAGCCACAGGCCCGGCCUGUGUGUGGCCUGCACAGUGUGAUCAGCCCAUCGGAUGGGAAGAUCCUCAGCUUUGGGCAGGUGAAGAACUCUGAGGUGGAGCAGGUGAAGGGUGUCACCUACUCGCUGGAGUCAUUCCUGGGCCCUCGUGCCUCUCCAGAGGACCUGUCCUUCCCACCAGCUACCUCCUGCAGCUCCUUCAGGAACCAGCUGGUCACCAGAGAAGGGAACGAGCUCUACCACUGCGUCAUCUACCUGGCCCCUGGGGACUACCACUGCUUUCACUCUCCCACUGACUGGACCGUGUCCCACCGGCGCCACUUCCCAGGCUCCCUCAUGUCUGUGAACCCCGGCAUGGCCCGCUGGAUCAAAGAGCUCUUCUGCCACAACGAGCGGGUGGUCCUGACUGGGGACUGGAAACACGGCUUCUUCUCGCUGACAGCUGUGGGCGCCACCAACGUGGGCUCCAUCCGCAUCUACUUUGACCGGGACCUGCACACAAACAGCCCCCGGUACAGCAAGGGCUCCUACAACGACUUCAGCUUCGUGACACACGCCAACAAGGAGGGCAUCCCCAUGCGCAAGGGUGAGCACCUGGGCGAGUUCAACCUGGGCUCCACCAUCGUGCUCAUCUUUGAGGCCCCCAAGGACUUCAACUUCAAGCUGAAAGCAGGACAGAAAAUCCGAUUCGGGGAGGGCCUGGGCUCCCUCUAGAGCCUCCUUCCUGGCUACAGCUGCUGAGGGACCCUCCCUGAACAGAGAAGUGGGAGUCUUCUUGAGGGGAACCUCCUCAGCUAUCUGUGGGGGACUCAGCACCACGGAGUCUGACCGGGCUGGACCCGGAUGACUUCCGUUCCUGCUGUCCCCAAGGUGCAGAUGAGGUCAGCGCUCCCGUCAUGCCCUAGACCUGCGUCAUCCCCUCUUCCCACCCUAAAGAGGAAGUGGAUGCCCGGGUGAUCAGAGGUUCCCUUUUGGGGAGAGAGGGUGUCACCCCCUGUUGUGUAGACCAGAGACCUUGUGUCUCCUGGCUGAGCAUUCAGUUGGUCCUGGUUCCCGUCGAAGAUGGUAAGUAGUAAUGUACCUUUGCUGUUCCCCCCGUCUCUGCUUUUGGCCUCACCUGCACAGGUGAGGUGCCUCCUGGCACCGACUGUGGACCCACCUACCCCCAGAGCAGGACCACAUGGCCUUUAAUGCAACUGCUUUGUUUCUCAAUUCACCCCUGCUCAUUGGGAAAAGCUUUCUCCUUCACACUUGUGGCUGAAUGCAUCACCCGACUCUGCCAGUGUCUUCUGAGGAUGGUGAUUAAUGGCCAGUGCUUUGCAGACCCCAGUGAGUGACCUUCUGGAGCAUUAAGACCAAUUACUGAGGCCACCUGACUGGCGUCCCACAGGGAUGGGGCAGGCAGGUAGUGGUUGCAUGCUGGGGCCAGGGGAGAGCUUGUGUCCCCUCCCCAGAUCUAGACCUACAUUAAAUAUGGGAAAGUUGCUGCUAUUGAUUCAGAGGCUUAUGUUGGAGGCAAAGGAGCCUUGGUGUAUCGGGGUGGGGAGGCAGAGUCAGUGCCUAGAAAACCUGUCCCCAGGUAAUAGGUAUGCAGUCCUUGGAAAGCCAGUGAUGGUGGGGACAGGGCCAGGUUUCAUGUCUCCUGGGGACUCUGAAUUUCUCCUGCCGGAGAAGCCAUUUGAACUUUUUCAACUGUAUCAGUAGCUCAGUAUUUUUGUAUGAGAAGUGGGAGACUUCUGAACAGUAAUUCAUUUAAUUGCAACAUUUUGAAAUAAAAAAUGAAACUCA